GAGCUCGGUUCGGGGGAGGGGGAGAUGAAGCCAGGGCGUGGGGAAGCCGCUCCCUUCUUCCUCCUCCUCCUCCUCCUCCCCCCUCGGCUGCUCCAGUCUGGCAGCCAGGCGGCUGCUGCCUCCGGCCGGAGCCUCCGCAGUUGGGAAGUGGCCCCCAGCCCCCGCGCGGCCGCCGGGAUGAGGACGCCGCUGGCGGCUCCCGGCCUCCUGCUCCUCCUGGCCGGCACCGCGGGGCUCUGCCGGGCUUUCUUCUCCCUCCCGCUCCGUGUGUCCCACCCGGCCGCCCCCGGCGGAUCGCCGCCCGCCCCGGUGGUGCUGCGGCCGGGGAGCGGUAGUCGGCAACAGGGUCAACUCGGUGGCGCGGACGGCUUAGCCUUGGCCUCGGAUCCCGGAGGCACCCUCAACUUUUUAGCCAUGGUGGAGAAUUUACAAGGGGACUCCGGCCGCGGCUACUACCUGGAGAUGUGGAUCGGGACUCCACCGCAGGCGUUAAAUAUUCUGGUUGACACUGGGAGCAGUAAUUUUGCUGUAGCAGGUGUGCCUGAUCCUGAUGUCACCUCCUACUUCAAUACCAAGCUGUCAAGUACAUACAAAUCUCAAGGGAUUGAUGUCACAGUUAAGUACAGUCAAGGAAGCUGGACUGGAGUGCUGGGUACAGAUGUCAUUACUAUCCCAAAAGGAAUCUAUGGCAGCUACUUCAUCAACAUUGCUACCAUUCUUGAAUCAGAGAAUUUCUUCUUACCAGGAGUUAAAUGGCAUGGGAUUCUUGGUCUUGCCUACGACGCCUUAGCCAAGCCUUCCAGUUCUGUGGAGACGUUCUUUGACUCUCUUGUGAGGCAGGCAAAGAUCCCCAACAUUUUCUCCUUGCAGAUGUGUGGUGCUGGACUGCCUGUUUCUGGAAGUGGUACCAACGGAGGUAGUCUUGUUCUGGGUGGAAUUGAACCAAGUCUGUACAAGGGUGAUAUUUGGUACACACCUAUCAAAGAAGAGUGGUAUUACCAGGUUGAAAUCCUCAAACUGGAGGUUGGAGGACAGAACCUCGAAUUGGACUGCAGAGAGUAUAAUGCCGAUAAAGCGAUAGUAGACAGUGGAACCACGCUCCUCCGUCUGCCCCAGAAAGUCUUCAGUGCUGUUGUGCAAGCAAUAGCUCGCACAUCCCUGAUACAAGAAUUCUCUUCUGGUUUCUGGACUGGUUCACAGCUUGCAUGCUGGGAUAAAACUGAAAGACCCUGGUCUAUAUUUCCCAAACUCUCCAUUUACCUGAGGGAUGAAAACUCCAGUAGGUCGUUUCGGAUCUCUAUCCUACCACAGCUUUAUAUUCAACCCAUCCUUGGAAUAGGAGAGAAUUUACAGUGCUACCGAUUUGGCAUCUCUUCCUCCACAAAUGCUCUCGUUAUUGGUGCUACAGUCAUGGAAGGCUUCUACGUAAUAUUUGAUAGAGCCCAGAGGAGAGUGGGCUUUGCAGUGAGUCCAUGUGCAGAAGUUGAUGGCUCUCCAGUAUCUGAGAUUGAAGGCCCUUUCACAACAGCAGAUGUUGCAAGCAACUGUGUUUCCAGCGUUUCUUUCCAUGAACCAGUGUUGUGGAUUGCCUCCUAUGCUCUCAUGAGCCUGUGUGGAAUUAUCCUCCUUGUACUGAUCAUCCUGCUGCUUAUUCCACCACGGUGUCAGCAUCGCUACACUGACAAUGACGUGGUCAAUGACGAAUCCUCCUUAGUGCGUCAUCGAUGGAAAUGAGAAACUUGAUUGUGAAACCUGGAACUUAAACAGAAUGAAGAACAAAGUACUCUGCCAAGGGGAAGAAGCCAAUGCCUCAAUCCUUUCUACGUUCAUGACAAAUUGCUGUUGAAAUCUCGCCAAAUACCCUGCAUCGUAACUUUUUAAGCUUUAUUUUCUAACACUGAUUCUGAACCAAAGCACUGUUAACCACCUCUUAAGUGCUACGGUACUGGAUUUGCUACUGCAGUACAAUGAGCCUUUAUGCUCUCAAUAGUACCUUCUUUUAAAAAAAGAAAAAAAAGAGAAAAAAAGAGAAAAAAACACACCAUGAUGUUUUUCCACUGUCUGAACAAUUGUCCAUCCCUCUUUCACAAAAAAAGGACCUGUCAGUAUUUUCUAACUAAUCAAGCCUUGACUGUAGAAAAAAGAGAAAAAAAACCUUAAUAAUAUUUCUUAUUAAUUGCAUUAAAUGAAUACUGCUUUCUGUUUACAUCAAUUCAUUUUGAAACUGUGCUUACAGUGAGGGGGAGGGAGAAAGGUCAGACUUAAGCAGCAGAGAAAAGCAAGUGAAGUCAAGAAGAAAUGUUGGUUUGUGGGGUUUUUUCCUCAAGAUCACUGCUGCCACUUGAGAGGGUCGCCCUUCCUGAGUGUCAUUACAACAUAGUUUGAGGAGGUGAAAACUGGGAAACAGACUUGUUCAGCCUUAGUGUAAAACAAGACUACCUCUCUUAAUUUACAAGGAUGCUACCACUGGUAAGCACGUGGCUUAGAACUGGUCUUGAACCACAAGACGCUCCAUACAACCAAAUGCAAUUCCUUGGCUUCAAAGUAGUGGAUUUUAUAAAAAUUAAUACUUCCUGACUUUCCACUUUGGUGCACAAAAAAAGCCUUUCAGUUUUCUCUCUAUUGUGGGGUUUUGUGGGGUUUGUUGGGUUUUUUGAGUUGAGGAUGACUGAUACUUAGAAAAGGCUGGUCUGCAUAAAUAUGUCCAUGUCCUGCCAUUUCUUUUGGUAUUCCUUGUGAGCUUGUUUAAAAAAAAAAAAAAAAAAAACAACAAAAUGAGAAAGACAACCCUCUUUUUUGACUGAACUCAGCAACCUAGAAGUUCAAGAAAAAAGUAUCUGUCUUCAUGGACAGACUGUGAAGUGAAAGCCUUAAUGCUGACUUGUUUUUCAACUUGCCCAGCAGCUGGAGGUGUUUAGUUUAGUUUCACCGGUGAGUCAAUCAAAUGAAAAGUGUAUGUAAUGACCAGCUGAAAACAAACAUAUGGUAAGAAUGAAAACAAUAGUGGAAGAGAGCACGGAAAAAUAUAUUUGACCAGACCUCUGUUGUGCAAGCGUAGAUUUUAAGGCUGAGGUCAGAACAUGGUAUUUUCUUUGCAGAUAGGACAAUUUUUCUUGUAUCUAGUCAGUGAGCAUUGCAGGACCUCCAUUGCUUCUCUAUGACACUGGCGUAGUGGAUUUGAAAGAUAAACAAUGCAAGGUUGAGGAAUCCGGUGAUAACUAUUAGUUAUCUGGGGGUUUGUGUUUGUUUUUUUAAGGAAAAAAAAAAUUCCUUUGCAUUUCGAUAGCAGAGCGGUUUGCAUAUCUGUGUGGAAAACAAGGAGACAAAAAAAGGAAGCUUAGCUCUGAAUCUCCUAGUCCCUUGCCUAGAAAAUUUUCUGCCUAUAAUCCCUUCAUAUAGCUUUCUGAUUCACACUGCCUCUGCAUCCGACUCUGCAUGGAAUAAGCAAAGAUUUCUUUUUUUCAGGAAUGGUGCUUUUACAGAGGUGCACGUAAUAUGUGUGAAAAUAAAGCACUGUUUCUUUUAAACUAACUUGUGUAUUUCACUUCAUAACUGGAAGUGCCUGUGGUUUUCUUUCCUUUUUAAUUCUUGCACUUUCAGAUUGCUUGGCUGAAUAGAGUUAAAUAAUUGGUGUUGUGAUUCAAUGUCUGAAAAUUAUUUCUCUGGGAAUUAGGAGUUGGAAAUAGGAGGAAAUUUUGAGUUUGCUUCCUUCUUCCUCUGCCUCUUAGUUUUUAAGGAGAGAAAAAUGAUUAAUUAUAAGGAAUGUAAGAAACUAUAGAGCUUAGAUAUUUUCUCCCUAUUCUGUUUUCCAUAUGUCUCUCUCAGUGUCUUAUAAUUAGAAUUUUUAGUACACGUUAUAACAAGAAAUUCCCUUGAGGUUUUUCUUAAAGCAGUAGACUUUGCUCUGAAAAGAGAGUGAUGUUUCCAAUUCUGUGAUUCAGUUCCAUAUCGUCCUCCUGGGUUUGGUUUGACACAUAACAAAUAAUUUCAAAGUUGCAUUCCUUCUUCUACAGUAUAGUAAUAUCAGUAAUGCUUCUGUAGCCUGUUUCAAACAGAAACACGGUGUGAAUGUUUGGAUUGAUACAGCAGUAAACAAUGAGCCCUUUUUCGAUUCAGGAAGUAGUAACACUUGUAUGCUUUUAAAAUUUUUCUUAGCUGCUUCCCUCUCCCGCCCCCUCAUAUCUAUCUCCUUACCACAAAAAGUUUUAAGAAGGAAUUUACUGGGAAAGGUUCUUAGUAUGCUUUCUAAUGAGAAGUGAGAUUUCUUCUGAGUUGCUUAAUGAAGUCUUUUCAGUGCGCUAGAUUUCGUAUAAAAACCUUUCUGCUUCACCCUUUCACUUUGAAUGUCAUUGGUCAAGACAUUUUAAUAGAAAUGCUUGAAUUAUAUGAGCAAUAGUCAAGUAGCACAAAUGAAAUAGUAAUAUAUUCUUGAGUUUUCGUGGCAUUCCUUGCCACUAAAAUUUGGCCUAAAAAUGCUGUUAGCGACAUCUGCUAGCAGCACAAACUUCAUCUCAGCUUGUAAAUUGAUACUUACACUGGCAGAUAUUCAGGUGAGUAUUGCUUUGUUGCUCUGGCAACAAGAAGAGCAAUAGAAACCCUUGAGGGUUCAUUUUUAGCCUACAGCACAUUAAGAAAAAUAAUGCUCUUGAGCAUUUUUCUAUGAAAGAUGAAAUACAAUGAUAGACUACCGUGUUACCAAGUGUGUCUUACUAGUGAUCUCUUUCCCUGAUACAUUUUCUUUUAAAGGAAGAGCACUGUGAGGUAUUUUAUACUCCUGUUAACUAACUUCAGAGAUAAGAUUAAACCAUACCUUUAAAAAAAGGGGGGGGUGGGGGCAAAAAACAGCUUUGAGUAAAGGUGGUGGUGGAAAAUAUUCUCUGUUUAUUAUGGAAGACAGGAUGCUCCACAUCACAGCACUCCAAAUCAUUCCUUGUACACAUAUCAAUAUUUCUUGUAUAAUCAGUGUUUUCCUAAUGUGAAUGCAAUAUCAUGUACCAUGAAAAUGUCAGAAAACUGUGUUUUAUUGGAUGCAGCCUUUUAGAUAAUUGACGCUAUCAGUUCAAUCAUUAGGGAUUUGAAGAUGUGUGAUUUGAGUUCAAGUAGUUAAACCUGAGUUCAGGCAUGGGAAUAUGUUAGUUCUAUCCUACUGCAUUCACAAGUUUUAGAAAUAUUAUCACGGGCUUUUUGGCUCAAUUUAAAUGCCGAAGAAAAUAGAUGAAGAAUUUUAAUAAACCUUUUUUUCAGGUUCUGUAAAAGAGUUGGAUAGAGGGCAUUGCUCUGUUUUUAAGGUGAAAGAGCUUGUAUUUAAGAUUUGUAUGUUGGAUGAACCUAAAUGCAAUAUAUCAAGGCAGCAUACCGCUCCAGUUCUCAGCUUUGAUGCUGUGCAGGUUAACUAGUGGUAAUCACAGAGCUAUCAGUUUUGGUAUCUCUUGUUAAGGUAUCAGUUGUUUAACGACAGUUAACUCUUUAUCAGCUAAAGUCAACCUAUGAGUAUUCUGCCCAGUUACUUGCUGUGUAUUGGCUGGCUGUGUUUCACUGAAGGACGAGCUAUUUGUAUACUAAACUUUUUCUUUUAAAUAUGAAAAGGCUUAUGAGAGUUGCUUAACACAGCACGUUUUCAGAGAGAGUGGUCCUUAAAUUUUCUGAUAAUCCAGAAUGGUUGCGCUGCUGAAAGCUUCUUUGAUUUCUGUAGAGGUUUCCAACAACAAGGUUGGUUGUCAUAACCUGAUCUCAGACAUGAGCCUCAUAUGUAUAAGUAGUAAUAUGAGCUGCAUAAUGAAGGGGGUUGGUACAAUGACCUAUGGAGGUGAAAGUAAAGGAAAUACGGAAAGAGAAAUAAGUAAGCUGCCAUUCACUUCAUUAAAAAUUGUAAGAGCAUAACAGAUUGAUCCUUUUAAGAAAGGUCUGCACAAUUUACCAAGACAUUAGUUCCUGUCAAACUUGACUCCCUGAUUGAUAAAUUGUUCUGGUCACUGAAGUUCACACUGCUGUUCAAAGAAGUGAAGACAGAUUGGUAGUGGGAUACAAGCAAUCUUCUGAGCCAAUCUGAUUUUCUGGCUUCUGGGGCCUAAUUAGACGUUAGGCCAGGCUUGUGAGUAAUCCAGAGUCCUGGUAAUGGCUCCUUGGGAACCUUAUUUGAAAUAUAAUUGUUGGCUUCAGCCAAACCCCUGGAUGAGAUGGAUCUGUACGGCAAAAGCUACCACUUGCACUAACUGACAGGCUACAGUGAGCUGAAGCUGGCUGGUGGUGUGAAAUGUGGAGAUGCUAAAUAAUUGAGUCUUCUACCAGACUUCCAGAUCAAGGCUGGGGCACCUCAGUAGAGCAGAAUGGGAGAGUGACUGCAGUUGCGGACAAGCUGCUGUAAGCGUAACGUCAGUCGCUCACCCGGCUGCUUUGGUAAGGGGUCACUUGUCUGAGUAUCUUGAAAGCCAGUGUGCUCUAAGGAGCCUGUUGCUGCUGCUGAGAAUUACCCGCUCACAGGUGAAUAAGGGGGACAAUCAUCUUUAAUUAGAAUCAUUGGCCAGUUACUGAAUAUUCCUCUCUCCGUAUAACAAAGCGCACAGUGAUAGGUCUCAUUCCUAGGAAUAGUCUGUUUGUAAGCAACAAAAUGUGUUAUUUCAAAACAUGUUGACAUUGGUGACUGUACAGUAUAAAAAUGUUUUGUGUUUGCCUUUUUUUUUUUUCCUUUUCACUGUAUCUAGGCUUUGCCUGGAUCUUUGUGGCCAGGUAGUUUUUGAAAUACUGGGAAUUUUAGAUUAGAGUACGAAGGCAUGUGCAGAAUUGCUUUUAAGCUAGCCAAAAAGUAAAACACAGAAGGUAAUUUUCAGCAUUUAAAAGGAAGUAGCCCUCAAUAAGUGUUCUCUCCUUUUUAUUUAUGAUAAUAAUUUAAAUCAAUGUAUUUUAGUAUAGCUGCUGUCCUACUAAUUCACUGGCUGUAAAUUUUCUGAUUUUUCUGAUUGUCUUCUGGCCCACUCAUUCCCGCCCUCAAAAAAAAAAUUCCUAAAAGCUGAAGACCUCUAUAUCCAAAAUUCAGCCUUCUAACAAAAGAUAUGUUUUUCCUGGUGACCAUUCACAGACCUGUUUUAAAGUAGUUUGUAAGGCUUUAGAAAUGAACUCUAGGUUGAAAAUACUUGCAUUAGUAUUAGGAGGAGAAUUAGAGCCAAAACUUAAUCUAUGUCAGCAGUCCCUGAAUUUGUCUGUGUGCAAAGACCUCCUCUGUCCAUUUGACUACAUUUCCUAGACCUCUUUCACUUCCCACUUGGAAAUACUUAACUGCUUGGUCUUCCUCGGUGGUCCCAUACGUUUUCCUUUUUCUCUGUCCUUACAAAAUACAGGGGUGGAGGGGAGGACCACAAGGAGCUAUGAGAGUUAGUGCCAUUCCUUAAGCAGAUGAUGGCCCCUUCCUUGAAGGCCUUGGGUUUUUUUGUCCUAUCACCAACUGUAGUGGACCCGUACUAUCUGUUGGCCUUUUUUCCUGACUGAGACACUCCUGCUUUUGCCAUUUGAGCAACUCAGCCUUCUCUGAUUUUACAGCGAUGUGUACUUAGAAAAAAUACUUGAAUAAACUACAUUGUUUGUAAUCAUCCUCUCAUCACAUCCCUUUUUGAAGAGGGGAAAUUUUCAGUGUCAUGUCAAACCUGCAAAGGGUAUGUUUAUUCCUGUGUUGUUAGAGAGGAAGUAUAUAAUUGAAUGUUUAAAUGGCUGUAUUUGCAACACAGUUGGUUUUCCCCUUUGCAAAAUUCAGGGGGGAAAAAAACCUGAACUUAAGCAAGUCGUGUUGAAGUGGUACUGAAAAGACAACAGACAAUUUCCUGAUAGCACCGAGGCAUGGAUUACUGCAGUAUGUCCUGGAAAAAAAUGCUUUGCUAGCCAGUACUCUAUGUGUGCAUAAACUACACAAGGUUGAGUGUUUAAAUAAGAUUUAUCUGAAACAGGCAGUUCACGUUUUUUAUUGGAAAUUUUAUAUGGAGAUGCAGAAAUCUUUUAAGACUUUAACACUACAACAACUGUUAUUUGAUAGUUCUUUAGGAAGCAUGGAAAGGAUUUCACUUUAAUUAAAUGAUUCCAUCUUGUAGAGGCAUUUGUUCACCGGAUUUAUUUUUUUUUAAAAUAUGGCAUUGCUAGCCGGUCUAGGGAAGUGAUUGUCCCACUCUACACUGCACUGGUGUGGCCUCACCUCGACUACUACGUGCAGUUUUGGGCGCCACAGUACAAAAAGAACAUAAAACUACUGGCGAGUGUCCAAAGGAGGGCAACAAAGAUGGUGAAGGGUCUAGAGGGGAAGAUGUAUGAGGAGAGGCUGAAGUCCCUUGGUUUGUUCAGCCUAGAGAAGAGGAGACUGAGGGGAGACCUCAUCAUGGCCUACGGCUUCCUCACGAGGGGGAGCAAGGGGGCAGGCGCUGAUCUCCUCCCUCUGGUGACCAGUGGUAGAACCCGAGGGAACGGAAUGAAGCUGUGACGGGGGAGGUUUAGGUUGGAUAUCAGGAGAAGGCUCUUCACUGGGAAGGUGGUCGGGCACUGGAACAGGCUCCCCAGGGAAGCGGUCACAGCACCGAGCCUGACUCAGUUCAAGAAGCGUCUGGAUAACGCUCUCAGUCAUAUGCUCUGAUUCGGCUGGUCCUGUGUGGAACCAGGAGUUGGACUCGAUGAUCCUUGUGGGUCCCUUCCAGCUCAGGAUAUUUUAUGGUUCUAAAUAGGUGAGGUGUAACAAUGAAAGGAAAAUGGGAUCAAAACAUUGAAAAAAGGGGUACAGUCUUUUUAAUUCAGUCUUUGGGUGAUGUCUGUCCCACUUACUGUCAAGCCUCAUUACUGAAUUUUCCAAAAGUUGAUAUUUUGUAUUUUCAGGUCUUGCCAUUUUCAGAUAAAUACUAUGUAAAAAAUCAAAUUUUCUGCUGCUUAAAAUAAAUGAUUAAUUCU